AUGAACCUUCCUUCCACAAAGGUCUCCUGGGCCGCUGUGACGCUACUACUGCUGCUGCUGCUGCCACCUGCCCUGCUGUCACCUGGGGCUGCCGCACAGCCUCUGCCCGACUGCUGUCGCCAGAAGACGUGCUCCUGCCGCCUGUACGAGCUGCUGCACGGCGCCGGCAACCAUGCAGCCGGCAUCCUCACGCUGGGCAAGCGGCGGCCAGGGCCCCCGGGCCUCCAGGGCCGGCUCCAGCGCCUCCUGCAGGCCAGCGGCAACCACGCGGCGGGCAUCCUGACCAUGGGCCGCCGCGCAGGCGCAGAGCCGGGGCCGCGGCCCUGCCCCGGGCGCCGUUGUCCCACCGCGGCCGCCGUAGUCGUCGCGCCCGGAGCAAGGUCCGGAGUCUGA